AUGUUCCUGUGCAUCACGUACUUGUUGGAUGUUUCCGGUACACGGAGAGCGAUAGGGUGGAUUUUCUGGCCAAUUCGGGUGGUCGCGCACGCUGAUGCUGGAUGUCAGAAGUUAGACUGGCAGGAGAAAUAUCACGGUAAACCACUUCUCACUGUGUUUACCCAUCUCUGUCAAGUUAGAAGCCCAGAACGACGCCACGACAAACAAUUGAGGCUGAUACAGUCGCGCGGGCACAGCAUGAGUUUGUUCCAUGAACGUGCCCUAGUCGUACAUCGGCUUCGCAGCAGUUUUCCUGGAGAGCGGGUCUCGGGUGACGACAUUUACAUGAAAGUUCUCGCACUGGUCUUGACCUUUGGAAUGAUGGCAAUGGAGACUUUAUUUUUGGACCUCGGCGCUUGGCAUCGGAAUCAUUCAAAGGUAAGACGUGAGAAAGCCUUGGAUGAGCAUGUGUUUGAGAAUGGUUGA